UCAUCUCGAAACCAGCGCACAGAGCCGCCAAACCCGUUCUCCUUUUUGAGCUCAGCACACCAAUUCCCCCCCAGCGAGCACGCAGUACGGCCAAUCAUAGCAUCCUCAGGCUUCACAGCCAGGGCAAAAUGCAGCCGAUAUAAACACAAUGGCCAAGGCCAGGACAUCGAAGCAAGCACGCUCCACCACGCAUGGCAGCAGCAGCAGCAACAACAACAACAACAGCAAUGGCACCGCUAGUGCCGGACCACGCCCCGCGAAUGAGGAGGAACACGGGCUGCUCGCAGGCGGCAGUCUGUCCGACGAUGAAGACGACGACAGCAGCCACGGCCAUGACACUGCGGCCAUCAUAGUCCGCCCGGGCCACAGCGACGGCAGCAGCGGGAGCACCGACAGUCUCAACGACGCAACGGCAGCACCUCGAACACCCCGCACGCCGAACCGAGUGCGCUUCGACCUUCGAGCUACAGACAUACCCUCUGCCCCUGCGAACGGACAUGGCGACAACCACAGCCACGGCCGUGGUGGACGAGGAAACAACCUCCACGCACCGGGAGGAUAUUUCGACGUGAUGGAGCCUGACAGCCUCGGCCGGCUGAGCACCGACUCGCGCGGCAGCUACGCCAGCGACGACGGAAGGCGCGGAGACGAGUCACGAUUCCCGCUGCUGACGGACAUUGUCGCACCGUCGGUGGCGCUCGCGAACAGCGCGCUCCUGGACGGGCACGAGAGCGCAGAGGACUGGGCGGACGAGGAGCGACUGCGGCCCAAGUCGGGCCUGCGCGAGGCGUUCAUGAACAUGGCCAACAGCAUCAUCGGCGCAGGCAUCAUCGGCCAGCCCUACGCGAUGCGGCAGGCCGGGCUGCUGUCGGGCACCCUGCUGCUCAUUGGGCUGACCGUCGUCGUGGACUGGACGAUCCGGCUCAUUGUCAUCAACAGCAAGCUCAGCGGCGCGCACUCGUUCCAGGGCACUGUGGAGCACUGCUUCGGCCGCACGGGGUUGAUCGCCAUCAGUGCGGCCCAGUGGGUUUUCGCCUUUGGCGGGAUGGUGGCUUUCUGCGUCAUUGUGGGAGACUCGAUUCCGCAGGUCUUCCGCGCGAUAUGGCCUGGACUGCACGACAUGCCGGUGUUCUGGCUACUGGGCAACCGCCAGUUUGUCAUUGCGUUGUUUGUGCUGGGCGUGAGCUACCCGUUGACGCUGUAUCGAGAUAUUACCAAGUUGGCAAAAGCGAGCACCUUGGCGCUCAUCAGCAUGACCGUCAUCGUGCUCACAGUCAUUAUCCAGAGCGGGUUUGCGCCGGCCGAGUCCCGUGGCGGCUUUUCUACACCACUCCUGACCAUAAACACUGGCUUUAUGCAAGCUGUUGGUGUCAUAUCAUUCGCAUUUGUCUGUCACCACAACUCCCUCCUGAUCUACGGAUCCCUCGAGACGCCCACAAUCGACCGCUUCUCGCGCGUCACACACUACAGCAUGGGAGUAUCGACACUAGCCUGCAUGACGAUGGCGCUCGUGGGCUUCCUCACCUUUGGGGACCAGACCAAGGGCAAUGUCCUGAACAACUUCCCUGCCGACAACACCAUGGUCACCAUAGCCCGGCUGUGCUUUGGUUUCAACAUGCUGACCACCUUGCCGCUCGAGGCGUUUGUCUGCCGCGAGGUCAUGCUCAACUAUUACUUCCCUGGGGAGCCGUUCAACAUGAACCUGCACCUGAUCCUCAGCUCCUCGCUCGUGGUGUCGGCCAUGGGCAUCAGCCUGAUUACGUGUGACGUGGGCGCGGUCUUUGACCUCGUGGGAGCCACGAGCGCGUGUGCGCUGGCGUAUAUACUGCCGCCGCUGUGCUACAUCAAGCUCAGCACGCCGUCGUGGAGGACGUGGAUGGCCUGGGCGGUCGUCGUGUUUGGGUCCGUGGUCAUGGUCGUCAGCAUGUUCCAGUCCAUCGGCAAGAUGAUCAAAGGCGGUGAUGAAAACGCGGUGUGUGUAUAAUUAGAAUCACUUAUCGGACGACUUGCUGGGUUCAAGGUUCCCGGGACGAUGCUUGGCCAUGUGUACAUAGAGAUAUAAAUGCAACGACAUUACAGGAUCAUCCUGAGCAGCCAGAACUGGCUUUGGGGCUAGAUCAACUCUUUGUUGACUGG